AUGUACACCUCAGCCACUUCUGGGGGAUCUUCCCCUCCCGGGGCUGCUGCUGCUGCGCUGCUGCAGUGUGGGGCCCCACAGACCCCACAGGGGCCCCCCGAGCCCCAUGCAUGCGCCUGCGCCUGGCGGCGGCUCUCUGCUGCCAGCCUCGUUGGGGGGGGCCCCAGCAGCCUGCUUGACCAGUGGUUAGCUGCGCAGGGCAGCAGCAGCAGCAGCAGCAGAGGGGAGGGAGACGAGGCCUCAGCAGCAGCAGCAGCAGCGGGGGGAGAAGCAGGCAUUAAAGAGCCCUGGGGUGCUGCGGGAAGCGCUGCUGGCGCAGCAGCAACAGCAGCAGCAGCAGCAGCCGCGGCAGCUGCAGGGGCUGUCGACGGCACGUCGCUGCCUGCCACAACAGACCCUCCACAAGAACACUCAGCAGCAGCAGCAGAAGCAGCAGCAGCAGCAGAUGCAGCAGCAGCAGCAGCAACAGCAGCCUCUGUGGGCUGGAAGCUGCAGCUGUUCAAGGCAGCCAUUUGCCUCCAGAAGCGCCGCCAGGAGUUCAACUGCAGGCGCAGGCGGAGCCUCAUUGCGCUCAUACAGCACGCAGCGCAGCAGCAGCAGCAGCAGCAGCAGCAGCAGCAGGAGCUGGAGCAGCAGCGGGAGCAGCAGGAGCAAGAGCAGCAGCAAGAGCAGCAGCAGCAGGCCUCGUCUGCUUCGCCUGGAUCCAUAGGAGCCGGCCCAGGGCUGCGAACUGAAGACCUGACUCCGCUGGAGCAGCAGCAGCAGCAGCAGCAGCAGCAGCAGCAGACAGCAGCAGGGAUUCCUCUAGAAGCAUCGAAAUCACCUCAUUUUCAGUAUGAAAACCCUGAAGACGCAGCAGCAGCAGCACCUGCUGCUGCUGCUGCUGCUGCUGCGUGUACGAACUCUGUGCGGCGGCGCAGCGCCGUGCGUCGUGUCCCCCUGAACAGCAGCAGCAGCAGCAGCAGCAGCAGCAGGAAGCGGUGUUCGGUGGGCUCGCUGGGGAGGAAGAAGGAGCUGCUGCAGCUGCUGGCUGCGCUGCAGCAGCAGCAGCUGCUGGGGCCCCUGCGGCUGCAGCAGCUGCGCAUGCAGCUGCAGCGGGAGGCCCUCGUGGGGGAAGGCGCUGGGGGCCGCGUGUGGCUGGUGCGGCACAAGAAGACGCAGCAGCAGUUUGCCCUCAAAGUGAUCCCGAAGGCGAGCCUGGCGAGCAGCAGCAGCAGCAGCAGCAGCAGCAGCAGCAGCAGCAGCAGCAGCGGCGCGGGGGCGGCGAGCGCGUGGGCGCAGGUGUACGCGGAGCGGCAGCUGCUGGCCCGCAGCAAGGUGUCUAGACACCUCGUGAAGCUGCAUGCAGCCUUCCAAGACCAGCAGCAUUUGUUUUUGCUGCUGCAGUGGGGGGGCCCCCUGAGCCUGGGGGCCCUGCUGCAGCAGCAGGGGCCCCUCCCCGAGGCCCGGGCCCGCUGCUGCGCAGCACAACUCGCGGGGGCCCUGCAUGCAGUUCACAAGUUGGGGUUUAUUCACAGAGACGUGAAGCCCGCAAACCUCGUCUUGGACAAGAGGGGGGCCCUCCGCCUCGUGGACAUGGGCCUCGCCGCCAGGGGGGCCCCCCGCAGGCCCGCAGCAGCAGCAGCAGCAGCAGCAGCAGCAGCAGCAGCGGCGGCGGCGGCGGCGGGGCGCCCCGCGGCUGCUGCUGCUGCCGAAGCAGCAGACAGCCACGCCGCGCGCCUGCCGCCGCACACACAGCAGGCCGACGCCAGCGGCGCAGUCAGCAGCAGCAGCAGCAGCAGCAGCAGCAGCAGCAGCAGCAGCAGCAGCAGCAGCAGCAGCAGCAGCAGCGAGGGCUGGGAGGAGGCUCCGGAGUCUGUGGGGGAGUGGAGGUUCAAACAGCUGUCCAGGGGGGCCCCCCUCUUGGCCGUGGGGACUCUUCUUUAUAUGGCCCCGGAAGUGGCUUUGCUGCAGCAAAGAGACACUUCGAACUUCUCCAAACUGUCUCCUAAAAGGGCCCCCAGCAGCAGCAAAACGAACCCGCCAGCAGCAGUUGGGGGGCCCCUACGGGGGCCCCAGACGGGGGCCCCAGAGGGGACCCAGCGGCCCCAAACGGGGGCCCCAGAGACCCAAAAGGGGCCCCAAGAGGGGUCCCGGGGGCCCCCAAAGAUCGAAGAGGGGCCCCUAGGAACAGCGGUCCUAGGGGAGCCCCCAGAAGGGGGGCCCCCAGAAGGGGGGCCCCCAGAAGGGGGGCCCCCAGAAGGGGGGCCCCCAGAAGGGGGGCCCCCAGAAGGGGGGCCCCCUGGGGGUUAUUCAAGCAAAGCAGAUUGGUGGAGCUUUGGGGCUGUGCUGUUUGAGUGUCUCUUUGGCUUCCCGCCGCUGGGCCGGCUGGUGCUGCCCCGCCAGCUGCAGCAGCAGCAGCAGCAGCAGCAGCAGCAGCAGCAGCAGCAGCAGCAGCAGCAGCAGCAGCAGCUGCAGCAGCAGCAGCGGCAGCUGGGGGACUCCGCGAGUAAGAGCCAAGCAGCGGAGCCUUGUGGGGACCCGACGGACGACGUGCAUGCAGGAGGAGACACUGCAGCAGCAGCAGCAGCAGCAGCAGCAGCAGCAGCAGCAGCAGCAGCAAAGGCCUCAGACCCUCCUUUUAUGCCAGUUGUGGGGGUCGCCAACCCCGAGUUGAUUAUUUGCAUGCUGCGAAACUAUCAAAAGUAUAUUACUUUGCCUCCCCCCCCUUUUGUAAUUAGGGGGGCCCCCCAAAAGGAGGCCCUGGCGCAGGAGGGGGCCCCUGGAGGGGCCCCCUGGGGGGCCCCCGUGGGGGCCCCCUGUGGGGCCCCCGGUGGGGCCCCCGGGGGGUCCUCUGAGAGGUUUCCUGAGGAGUACCCCUGGGGAGCCUCUGGGGGGGCCCCUGGGGGGCCCCCGGGGGGGCCCCUAGGGGGGCCCCCUGGGGGCCCCCCGGGGGGGCCCCCCACAGUGUCUGCAGAGGCAGUUGACCUGCUGCAGCAUUUGCUGUGCCCCCAAGAGUGCAGAUUUGGUUAUAAAGAAAUAAAGAGACACCCGUGGUUUGCAGGGUACUGUUGGAGUUCAAAGAAAAAGAAAAAAGGAGACAAAAUAAAAGCAAAAGGAGACAAAAAGAAAAUUAAUAAAGACAAAAGGGUCCAAAAACUGUACCCUCACUUCCCCCCCCUCACGUCCCCCAGCAGCAGCGCCUUCUCCUCGGAGACAGAAGAGACAGAAGACUCAGCAGACGAGCAGGGGGCCCCCCUGUGGGGCCCCACAGGGGGCCCCCCCGACCCCCUGUGGGGCCCCACAGGGGGGGCCCCCGACCCCCUGGGGGGCCCCACAGGGGGGCCCCCCGAUACCCUGUGGGGCCCCACAGGGGGGCCCCCCGAUACCCUCGCGCAGCCCCAAUCCGAGUGUCGGCAAGACAGCAGCGCUGCUGCCUUCAUGGGGCCCUCGGAUGCAGCAGCGAGCCCAGCAGCAGCAGCAGCAGCAGCAGCAACAGCAGCAGCAGCAACAGCAGCAGCAGCAACAGCAGCAGCAGCUGACUCUGGAGAAGCCAAAGACCUCGGCAACCUUGUCAGGGAGCCGGAGCCCCCUCUCUCUAUCUGCUCCUGUGACUGCAAGGGGGCCCCCCAGGGGGCCCCCCAGGGGGGCCCCCAGGGGGGCCCCCAGGGGGUCCCCCAGGGGGGCCCCCAGGGGGGCCCCCAGGGGGGCCCCACUAGCCGCCAAUGGCGUCUUGACUUUCGCUUUUUAGGCUUUGAAUUUGACAGCCAGCAGCAAGAAGCUCUAGAGGCUGAGCAGCAGCUAAAAGCAGCAAUCCGGAGGCACUGGGGGGCCCCGGGGGCCCCCCAGGGGUCCCCAAGGGGGCCCCCCAAGGGGCCUUCCGGGGGGCCCCCAAGGGGCCCCCAGGGGGCCCCCAAGGGGCCCCGCGAAAAGGCAUCGUGGAGGCAGCAGGGCAGGAGCGGCUUUGAGGGAAAUGCAACUAAAAGUCGAAAGUAA